CCGCAGACGCGCUUGGAUUUGUUUUCGUUUUGGAAUACAUUAUAUCCUCUACAGUUUAUUGUGCUUUACCAUUCGUAAUGUUACUUUUCUUGUGAAAUUAGUAAAAUUACGCCAGCUGCGAACAAACUACACACAUUACAGCUAUGCCAAAUACCCUCAAAUCCAAUGCCAUCGUGUGGCACCACUUCAGCAAAGAUCCGCAGGAGAAACGGGGCAAAUGUUUGCACUGCGGUCAGCUGAUAAGUUACGAAAAGUCGACCCUAUCGAACCUGCGCCGACAUUUGUAUCGGAAACAUGAGGAAGUGUUGCGACAAGAGCGCGAUACGGAUACGUUCGAGAGCGUACCGGUACACUAUGUGUGGGAACACUUUAUCAAACAGCCGGAGGAAAAGGCCAAAUGCGUUUACUGCUACUCCGUGCUGGGCUGCCCGAAGAACGUGGUGGGCAAUCUAAUACGCCACCUAAAGUCGCGCCAUCCCUCGCUGGUGCUGGAGCAGGAACGCGGUCAGGAGGCGCUGUUUGAGGAAGUGUCCCGCACCCAAUACCAUGCCGAAUCGAUCGAGGAUUCGUUAGGCACCAGCACUUCGCUGCAAGAGCUGGAGCUCGAACUGGAUGCUGAUCUCUUCUCGGCCGAAGUUCACCAGAUUGAUGGGACCAAUCUGCCUUCAUCGGUAAAGAUUGAGCUCGUGCAUCCAGAUACCGAAUCCUGUCCCGAUGACGCAGAUCAGGAAGUGAUCGAGGAGGAGAUUAUAAACGAAUCACAGCAGGAUGUGGAGAUCAAUUGUGAGGAUAUGGAUGCUUCUAGCCAGUACGAGGAGCAUGUUCACCACCCAGAGGAAACGCUUUCCUCCCAGACGAUGGAAGAAUCGAUCGUACGCACCAGCACGUUGCAAGGGGAAAGCAAGGAGCUGGAGCUGAACGAAUCCCCGCGGCGGCAGGACAACUUCUUCUCCAUCGGUAUGAAAGACAUCAACAUGAAGACGGCCAUCUACGCCACGAACGUUGCCAUGGAGCUGGAGUGUUUGCCGCUGCGGCAGCGGAUCUUUGCGCAAAAGCUCAUCGCGGAUGUGAUGUUUCACGCCAAGCUGGACAACCUGACGGAGUACGCGAUGAUACUGGGGAAGGUCAAUCGGCCGUUCGACGUUUAACAGGGCGUGUAGUGUAGUG